AUGGACCCAUUUUUAAAAGUGUUUUUCGCGAUCGAUAAGGAUGGUAGUGAGAAAAUUACCAUGAGUGAAUUGGAACAAUAUGUGCGAGAAAACGAUUUGGAAGAGACCAUGGUAGCGGAUUGGCAGCGUCUUUUUGAUCCGAAUCACACGGGUGGAAUCACUUUGGAUAGUUUUUGCGAUACUCUCGGAAUUGCUCCAGCGAGUGCUCGAAUUCAACGGAGUGAGAGUUUAAACAAACAGCAAAAAGCUGCUCCCGGAUCGGAAAAUGGGAUAACCAUUCUGUUGGCCGAUGCCCCCGACAAUCUCAAAGAUGAUAUUCUGAAAAAAAUGGCCGAAUUACUCGGUUCCGUCAAAUCGAAGGAAGACGUAUCGAAUCAGAUGAAAAGCUAUCUGGAUGAAAAAUAUGGACGUUCUUGGGUCGUGCUUCUGACGGAUGACUCCUUCUGGCUUCAAGCAGCCCAUAUGCCUCAUUCUUCCUGCUAUUGUCGAAUGAAUGAUAUUUGCUGCCUGGUUUGGAGAACAUUCGAAGGGGCCUAA